AUAUAUUUUUUGAGAGAGAAAAUUUUAAAAAUAUUUCCUUUAAAAAUUCAUUCAUCAAAUUAUUCAAAUAAAAUGAGUACCACAACAGCUACUUUACCUUCUUUUCCAAAUUAUUCAUCAACAUCAAAGAAAGCUUCACAACAAAAACAAAAAAGUGUUCCCGAAAAAGUUUCUUCAUUUUCUUCAACUUCUUCCUCAACAAAUUCAUCUUCUACCACAAAUCUUCAACAUAAUGACCCAGCCCUCUACACAGCUUUAUUUAAACGAAAAUUUGUCAAAGUAUUUACCGGUUCGUGGGAUUUGCGUGCAAACGCUGAAAAAAGGUGGAAUAGAAGAAGUAGCCGUAAAAAACAACAAAAAAGUGAAGGAGAAAAUCGUCAUAAUUAUAAAGGACGUAAACAACGAACAUCUGCCUGUUUAAUUAAUUGUUUGGAAUGCGAUGUACCGGUAAUGAAAAAAAUAUUGGGGGAAUUGGGAGGGGGGGGGGUAGUAGUUAAAUGUUCGAGAGUCAAAAAAAACGGGAGUUGA